AGCCAUCCGGAAUAAAAAAACCGGUGAAAUUAUUGCCAGCAAGAGUAAUUAUUUAGGUUGUAAUGUGUUUCGUAUUAAUAAGGCUCGUGAUAAAAUUUUGAGAAUAGUUAAAAAGCAAGGAACGAUCAACAAGAUAGUGGGGAUAAAAGAUUUUAGUAGAGAAGCAAAUAAUAGAAAAGAAGCAGAAAGCAAAUUAAAGCAUGUUAGCACAAGUGAAUUAUUAAGGGAAAUUAAGAAUAGGGCGGAUAACAAAUUAGUAGGACGGAAAGAUUUAUUGGAGUUGGCGGGAAUAGAUUGGUGUUUAGAGUGUUGA